AUGGCCACGCAAGCUCAAAACACCUCGCCAAGUGCCGGCCUUGUGGAAGUCGAUCGUCUCCUGGCCGAGCUGGACAGGAACCUUGUUGACGCCAAGCUCUCUCUCAAGAAGCAGGAAGAGCUUCUAGCCCGGGUGAAGAUUCUGGGUCGUAACCAGGAUACCGCAGGCCCUAUUUUCUUGGAACGGGGCAUUUCCGUUCUUUCGAAAUAUGGUUUUGAUCAGACGGCUUCCGUGGAGGCAUCUCGGGAAGCUCUGAGAUGUCUGGCAAAUGCAUUUCUCCUGUUUGAGCCCUCUCGCCAGAUCUUUGUCGACCUCGAUUACGCCCGCAAGGCAGCCGAACGGCUGAACACUGACAGUCCGGACGAUGAAUUCCUAAUCUCGAGAAUCCUUUUCUACCUGACCUAUAACCCAAAUGUCGACUUCAAGCUGUUGGUCAGUGCCCAUUCUCUGACAGAGAGUAUCAACCAAAAUAUACUUCGGCAUGCCAGGAGUUGUUCCACUACUGGMAGGAAGGAGUCGGUCAAAUCACCCAUGCAAGACAUGGCAAUGGUGGAGACUGCAAAGUUGAUGUUCAAUCUGACCGCCUUCUAUCCGGAGACGGUCCCCAAGUUCACAUCCUCUGUUGAACCACUGAUCGACAUCAUAAUUCACCACGAUCUUCAGUUACAGCCAUUACAACCGCCAAUCACCUCCAUUAUUAACGCUUUGCUGAAUCUGGAUCUGAAAGCGAUCGAGGAGAGAACGCCAUUGGACGGGAAAUCUCGUUCCAGUCUCGAUCUUCCCUAUUCCGAGCCAGCAUCUGUGGUGGAACGCUUUGUGAAAAUAUUCGACGCCGCAUUACGGAAUCAGCCAGAGAAAGAUCUCGAGCUGACAGCAGCACCACUGUGCACAAUACUGCGGAGACUGUACGAACUUGGAUCACCACAAAUGCAAUUGUCAAUGCGACGCCUUCUACUUCCCACAGCCGAGGACCGCGACAAGCCCUUGGGACAGGGCCAAACGUUCCCGUCACGUCUCUUGCGACUUUCAACUUCGCCCUCUGUUCCGACUCUCCGCGAGAACAUAUCGGGCUUGCUGUUCGAGCUCAGCGACAAAGAUGCUACCAAGUUCAUAAAGGACAUCGGAUAUGGCUUUGCCUCUGGGUUUCUAAUGAGCCAUAACAUCGCAGUACCAAGCAGUKCAAUGGAUACGAACAGCGCUCCGGGUGGCGGCGAUGUGGACGCAUAUGUUGACAUCAACCCGAUUACUGGUCAGAGGCUCAGCGCAGAAAAUCGUGAUUCGUUCGUCGCAGAGGAUAUGACAGAGGAGGAGAAAGAACGCGAGGCUGAAAAACUAUUCGUUCUGUUCGAACGUCUCAGAGCUACGGGUGUCGUGGACGUCAAGAACCCUGUCCAACAGGCCAUAGAUGACGGCAGGUUCGAAGAGCUUGACGGUUGA